AUGAAGUGCAGCUAUGACUACCCUUGGUAUCAAACAGUCACUAAGGUGGUCUGGUCUAGAGCCCUGUUUACAUCUGGCAAGUGGCGGCUGCAUUCCCUUUCUAGUCUCUCUUCGCCCCCGGACUUUGAAUACGUGGGUAACCGAAAUCAUAACUGUAAUCUGAAGAUCAACAAUGUACAACCCACUGAUGAGGGAUAUUACUUUUUUCGUUUUGAGACAAAGUCAGACAAAUGGACAAGCAAAACCUAUGCUUAUUUGUCUGUUAAAGAGUUAACCGCUGUUUUAAAGCCGAGCACUGUGAAAGAGGGAGAUGAUUUCAGGCUGACCUGUGUGUCAGAUUGUCCUACAACCAUUGUCUGGUUUAAAGAUGGACAGCAAGUGGGGAAACCAGGGUUCCCGGUGAGGAGAGAGGAUGCUGGGAGCUACUUCUGUGCUGUCUCUGGACAAGAGACAGUCAGAUCCAACUCUGUGACUCUGAAUGUUCUGUAUGCUCUAAAGAGUGUAACGCUGUCGGUGAGUCCACCAGGAGACGUCGUCAAAGGAGGUUCAGUGACUUUCAACUGCAGCAGUGAUGCAAACCCACCUGUGGAGCCCAGAGGAUACAGCCUGUACAUGGACGGAGAGUUUAUCAGUUCAGGGCAGGAACACACCAUCUCUGACCUGCAGCCCAGACACAGUGGACUGUACCACUGUCAGGCCUGGAACAAUGUUAGCUGGAGGGGCGAUGACAUGAUGAACUCAACCAACAUUCACCUGGAUGUCCUGUACGGCCCAGUGAACAUCUCAAUUUCAGUGGAUGAUCCACAAUUUGCUGAGGGCAGCAGUGUGAAUCUGACCUGCAGCAGUGAAGCCAACCCUGCGGCCGACAACUACACCUGGUACAAGAGGACAGACUCUCCCAGCUCCAGCUCAUGGCUCCAGGUGGGCUGGAGACAGGUGCUGUCUCUUUCCUCUGUGGAGGCGUCCCACACUGGACUCUACCUCUGCCAGGCCAGUAACAGUGUGGGGACGGGCAACUCAACUGAUCUGCUGGUGACCCCGAAAACAAAGGAACGCGGCAGCCAGUUGCACCUGAUCAUUGCCGGAGUUGGAGUCAUUGUUUUGGUGACUCUUGUGGUAGCACAUCUUUUGUACUGGAAAAAACAAAGGACCAAUGCAGCAGAAAAAGGCUUGAGUUCUUCAUCCACAGAAGAUCAGCUGGACACUGUUUACGCCAACAUCAACACAUUUUCAUCCUCUCCGAGGAACACACACCACAAACAUUUUGUUCCUUCUUUUGAUGAAGCUGAACUUAUCUAUACAACAGUGGCCAUCAAACCCAGAAACAACAGCAGAGCUCCACAAGAGUCCAGGGCCACAAUAGGAGAUAGCGAGGAUUCUGUGAUCUACUCGACUGUGGUCACAUCCAGCUGAUCCGAUGUGAAGAGAAGAACAACAGUGUUAGUUAAUAGGUUGAAAAUGCCUUUUCUUCAUUCUUUUGUUUUAUGAUGUAUUUAUUGGACGACUUUGUUUAUUCAUGGUUUAGUUUACAGUUGCACUUAGUGAAGCAGGUAUUUCAUAUAAUCCGACUAUAUUUGAUAAAGCUACCUCAGAGAUUGGUACUGUUGUGUUUAUGAGACUGCAAACUACAGUAUAACUAUAUAUGCAGCAGUGUAGAGAAUAUUUAAUAAGAAUAAAUUGGACUUUAUCACACAGUUACUGUGGGCAAGUUGCUUUUAAUUAUGACUUCAAUAAAAUACUCAAUGCAACAAUUUACAUCUUACAAUACUUAUCUCUCACGUCACAUUUGCUAUAAAUGCAUACAUACUGUACAUCAGAAGCAAACAUGCCACAAACAGUUUAAAUGUAGAUUUUAGUGCUCACAUCCCAUUCUUUAUUCAGGCCAGGUGAAGGACACUCACACAGUGUUAGCUACAGGUACUCAGAGGUACAGUAAAGUCUUCUCUAAUACCUACUAAAAUAUAUACUUCACGAGAAGAUGAUUUAUGAGGUUAUUGCACGAUUGGCAAUAAGAUCUGUG